UAUAUUCGUCAAAGAUAAUUGUUAAAAAGUGAUCGCGGUCGCUAUAGUAGUAUUGUAUUAACAAUUUAAUAAUUUUAUCAUUUUAAAUAUUAAAAAAAAUGAUUAUUUUAAAAUACAUUGUAUUGUUAAUUUUUCUCAAUCAAAAAGUUUAUUGUACAGAUGAAGGAGAUACCGCUGCGGAUAUAGCAGAGACACCAAUAAUACCAUUAGUCGCAGCAGUUCAAUCAACAGAAGUCCCAUCACUGAGUCCUAGCAAUACGACUUCAAUAUCGAACACAACCGGGAUAGUAAAUUCAACAGAAACCGCUAAUAAUACAAGUACGACUUCUGAAAAAGAUUUAGAAGUACGACUUCAAUCAAAUCUUACAAUUACCUCAACAGAACCAUCUGUAUUAAAUGUAACAUCAUCUUCAGAAGUGCUACCAGCAGUUGUAGCCCCAUUAAAUUCCACAGAACGUAUAAUCCCACCAAUAGCAACAUGUCCAGCAGAAUGUAAAUGUGCGCCAUCUUUGGUCGAUGCAAUUUGUACGGGACGUGGUUUACAAGAUAUACCACAUGGUUUUUCAAGUCAAGUGAAAAUGUUAAUAUUGACUAGUAAUAAUAUCACGGAAAUUGGUGAAAAUUGUUUUAAAGAACGUAAUUUAUUUGAGUUGAUGUCGUUGCUCAUGAAUCAUAAUCGAAUUUCAAUUUUACAUCCAAAUGCAUUUGUAGUUUUAAAGCAUUUAGAAGUAUUAGAUUUAGGCGAUAAUCGAUUAACAGUAUUAAGUCCCGAUUUAUUUGUAAAUAAUAUGGCUUUGACUAUACUGCGCUUGGAUAAUAACACACAAUUACAAAUCCCAGAAAGCGGGGCUUUAAUAAAUGCACCAGCAUUACAUGAUUUAAACAUAUCUUCGUGUAAUAUAUCAUUUUUACCGAAUGAUAUAUUUUCUGGAACACCAUUAUUGGAUACAAUUGAUUUAAGUGGAAAUAAUUUGAAAGAAUUAAAUCCACUAGUUUUAAAAACAUUACCCGAUUUAAUUGCAAUCAUAUUACCAAAAUCAUUCGAACCAAAAAGUCAUGAAAUAUGUUUGGCACAUGAAAAAUUAGAGAAAAUUGUUAUAUCAAAUAAAGGUUACGAGGAAAAUAUUGAAUGUGGUAAAUUAUUAUCAAAUGCAUCACUUCAAAUAUCAGAGAUUAUUGUACCGCCAUUAAUUACUGUGGAUAAUACAAAACUUCAAAAUAAUUACACUGGAGAUGCUGUUGUUAAUAGUACGGCGGAAAAUAUAAUUAAAGUUGUUGCUAAUUUAUCGUCUGGCAUAUCGGAAUCAAAAAAAGUAGUUAAAUUGGAUACGAACUCAAUAUUGUCUGAUUCUGUAAGUCCACAAAAUAUUCAAAACGAUAAUGCACGUUCCAAUCAAUAUUCCAUGGCGGACUCACUCAACGAAAAUGAAAAAAUGGAAGUACGUUUAGCCCCGACACAAAAUCAAAUUGAGACUAGUGAAAACAAAAUGGAAUCUACAACAAGCCAAGGUUUAUCCGGAUCACAAAUUGAUAACAUAAUCAUUGGAAUAUUAUUAACAAUAAUUACAGUCACGGGCGCAGCAAUAAUUAUCAAUUUAAAUAAAUCAAAAAUUGAUGCGUACUUUAAAAAUCGACAACGGCGGCCUCCAUCUCGACCGAUCUCCAAAGUUAAUGAAUUUGAAAUUGAACCGCUUAAAAGUGUGGUUGCAAAUGAAUAAAUUUUUUGUAUACGCCGAAAAAUUAGAAGAGGAUUAAGAGGAUACAUACCUCCAUAAUUUCAUGGCCAUUUCAUACUUAUUUUGUGUAUUUUUAUUUUUAAAGAAAAUUAGAAAAACCGUUUAA